GCCUCGCCGCCCUGUCUCGGACAAGAGGCACCCCCGCGCUGCUCUGUCAGACAACAGACAAUGCGGCUCAGCCCUCGGCCCUCCCCCAGAUUUUGCCCAUGGGAUCCAGGAGGCCUCAGAGACAGAACCUGCUGCUCAAUCCGAUGGAGAAGGGCCUGAUGGUGCUCCGCAGCGUGGCCGGCCACGACUGCCAGCCCCCAGCGUGGAAGCUGCGAGCCAAGCAGCAGUCCCUCAGCAAGUCGGCUCAGGCCAUCAACCUCUACUACAGGAGGAAGAGUGAGUUCCUGCAGGACGCCAGCCCCAAGGACCGGACCUUCCUGCUGGAAAUGGAGGAGCUGCGCAACAUGUUCCUCCAGCGGCCCGGCUGCCCGCAGUUCUGCACCCGGGCCACCUCCAUGUCCAGCUCCGGGAUGACCUCCACCACGACCUUGCCCGUGGAGUGCUGCCUGGGCUCCAAGGCCUGGAAGCCGACCAAGGACUCAGUCUCCAGCCAGCAGGACUUGGACAUGAAGGUGGACGGGCCCCUGCUGCCCGUUAGCCAGAGCGCCGGGGAGCUCGAGUACCUUCGGAAGAAGAGCGAGUCCCAGCAGCUGAGCCCGGCCGCCAGCAGCCCGGCGCUGGACCAGAGCCACCUGAGGAAGCGGGUGCCCUGGUACAUCUCGGUCAUCCACGAGAAGGACCACUGCCUGUCCACGCUGGUGGAGGAGGUGCAGCGCCUCGCCAAGCUGAAGGGGGAGGUGCAGCGGAGGGACGAGGAGAUCCUGGCCCUGCAGGGGGAGCGGGAGGCGCUGAAGAAGCAGCUGAAGUACCUCCUCAAGAGCAGAGGCCAGGAGCCAUCCGUGUGCCAGGUGAGUGGGGCGGGGGGGCCGUCCGUGCGCCAGAUGCAGGAGGAGUUCGUCCUGGCGGACAGGGCCAGGGGCCUGGAGUCUGGAGGCGAGGAGGAAGAGGAGCCGCAGGAGCUGGAGCUGGACGAGGAGAGGGAGGCGCAGCAGGACCAGGAGGGCGGCGGCCUGAAGAGGUUCAGCUGUACGGACGACGCCUUCGAGGAGGAGCUGAUAGCGCAGCUGGAGGAGUACGAGCAGGUGAUCCAGGAGUUCCAGCUGGAGCUCGGGGUCGCCAGGACCAGAUACAACCUGGCCACAGGGGCUUGGGAGGGCGGACAGGAGGAGCUGAUAGCGCAGCUGGAGGAGUACGAGCAGGUGAUCCAGGAGUUCCAGCUGGAGCUCGGGUUCUCCAACCUCCGGGAAGAGAAGAAGCAGAAAGAGGUGAUGGGGCUCAUCGAGAAGGACAACCUCCUCCUGCGACAGCUCGAAAGGCUGAGAAACAAGAUCAUCCAGGCGGCCUUCAGCACCCCCGGGAUCAGAUCCUUUGGCAGCGAGAUCUCUGACAACGACAUUCUGGAGGCCUUGCAGCUCGAAAGACUGCGAAACAAGAUCAUCCAGGCGGCCUUCAGCACCCCCGGGAUCAGAUCCUUUGGCAGCGAGAUCUCUGACAACGACAUUCUGGAGGCCUUGCAGCGGAUCAUCUCCGAGAGGAUGGACUACUACAACCAACUGAAGCACAAGGGCGUCAAGGUGCCGCCGCUGCUGAUGGCGGAGGUGUUCUCGUCGCCCAGCAAGUCCAAGAAGGUGGCCUCCAAGUAGCCGGGGCCCCGCCCGGAGCCGCCUGGGGCCCUGCUUCGGCUCUGAUUCAGAAUUAAACUCUGUUGUUGGCCACGGGCUCCCCUUCCUCUCCGGGGACUCACACGGGGCU